AGAUAAGCCAAGCUAAGACCAAACUCUUAAAAACAUUAAUCACACACGCAUAACGUACACACAACAAAUAUCUAAGUCUUAAAUUACUCUACUUGAUCUUCCUUUCUCUUCUUUUGGAUGAUCAAGAACAUAAACUAAAAGAAUAUAAAAUAACCAUGAAAAAUGGGCAUCACGAGCCCAGAUCAAGCUCAUCUUGCGCAGCUUGCAAGCUACUCAAGCGAAGAUGUAGUCUGAACUGCAUCUUCGCCCCUUACUUUCGGGCGGACGAGCCUAAAAAGUUCGCAAAAGUCCACAAGGUUUUCGGUGCAAGCAAUGUAAGCAAGAUCCUCAAUGAAGUCCCUGAAGAUCAACGUGAAGAAACGGUCAAUUCCUUAUCGUACGAGGCUGAGGCCCGUCUCCAAGACCCGGUUUAUGGGUGCAUUGGUGCCAUUGCGUUCUUGCAAACUCGAAUGUUCCAACUUCAACACGACCUUGCCCUGGCCCAAGCCCGAUUGGCUCAGUACAGGACUAGUGGUACCGUGUUACAUUCUAAUAUCAAUACUGAUACGACUAAUAAUAAUAUUAAUAUUAUUCAUAUGAAUUUAUAUAGGGAAGAGUAUAUAAUAAGAUCAGAUCAAUUUAGUCAAAAUGAUAGUUAUGGUUAUGAUUUUACUACUAGUGACUUUGGUCAAGUUUCCGAUCUUCUUCCUUUGUGAUCAUGUAAUUACUCUAUCUAUAUCUUUUUAAGUAUUUUUAAAGCUUUUAUUUAGUUCUACAAAAAUGACUAUUUUAGGAAAAGGCCAUGAAAAACUAAGUCUAAGGUGACCUUUAGCUAUACACUUUGUUCCAUGGCUAAUUGAUACCUUAGAAUUAAUAGUGUACAUGAAUGAAUGAAUAUUGGUAAUUUUAUCACUUUUGAUUCCAUAUGAUUAUUUAUGAUAAUUUGAAAAUAUUCUAAAAAAUUAUUUUUUUAUGCAAAUUAAUAUGACAAUUUUUAAGGUUAAAUAUAACAAUUCUAGUUAAAAUAGAGAGCAGUAAGCUCAAAUUAUUUAUAAACUAUGGUUAAUUAAGCAGUUAUAAAAGAAAAGUAGAACGUGUAGUGGGGCACUUAAUGUAUAUAUCUUCUUAGCUAAUUGUACUUCAUGAGUUCCUUUCAUUACACAAAAUGUCUAUUUAGGGUUAUCCUAAUCACUUUGCAUA